CCUGUCACCAUCCCAUUGAGCAGCUAUAGUUGUAGAUAGAGAGAUAGACAGAUACCACUGAGCAGACCCUUUGGCUUCUUUCACUGCCACCUGAAUUACCUCAUAAAAGCCAAGCCCUCUAUUUCUAUGGUCUUUGAUUGAAUGGCUUCAUCUCUUUUCACAAGGACUCUCUUGGGUCAUCAUCGCCUUUUCCACUCUGCUUCACACUCACUCUGUCAAAAGCCCCAAAUUUUCUCUUCUCUGUUCAAUAGGGGAAUAGAACACUUACGAGCUGACCCUGCCUAUACGAAAUAUAAAGCAUCUGGUUGGGUUCCGCGUGUAAUGGCUUCGUCAGUAGCUGGGGCAAGAGCAGAGUUUACAACACAAUCUGUGUCUACAACUGAGCCUGUUGUUUCUGUUGAUUGGCUCCAUGCUAACCUUAAGGAGCCUGAUCUGAAGGUGUUGGAUGCCUCUUGGUACAUGCCUGAUGAGCAAAGGAAUCCAAUUCAAGAGUAUCAGGUUGCUCACAUUCCUGGUGCACUUUUCUUUGAUGUAGAUGGAAUCUCAGAUCGCACUACAAAAUUACCGCAUAUGUUACCAUCAGAGGAAGCCUUUGCUGCUGCUGUUUCUGCUCUUGGCAUUGAGAACAAAAAUGAUCUAGUGGUGUAUGAUGGAAAAGGGAUCUUUAGUGCAGCUCGUGUGUGGUGGAUGUUCCGAGUAUUUGGCCAUGACAGAGUCUGGGUUUUAGAUGGAGGCCUACCAAGUUGGCGUGCAUCUGGAUAUGAUGUUGAAUCUAGUGCAUCUGGUGAUGCAAUUUUAAAAGCUAGUGCUGCCAGUGAGGCAAUAGAGAAAGUAUACAAGGGACAAGCAGUUGGGCCAACUACAUUUCAGACUAAGUUUCAGCCACAUCUUGUCUGGACUAUUGAUCAGGUUAGAAAAAAUGUUGAAGAAAGAACUCACGAACAUAUAGAUGCCCGAUCAAAGGCCAGGUUUGAUGGAACUGCAUUGGAGCCCCGGAAAGGGAUAAGAAGUGGUCAUGUACCUGGAAGCAAGUGUGUCCCUUUUCCUCAGUUGUUGGAUUCUUCUGAGACACUCUUACCAGCAGAUAAGUUGAAAAACAGAUUUGAUGAAGCAGGCAUCUCUUUGGAAAGCCCUAUUGUUACUUCAUGUGGGACUGGUGUAACUGCUUGCAUUCUUGCACUGGGUCUUCAUCGACUCGGUAAGCCUGAAGUAGCAGUCUAUGAUGGAUCUUGGACUGAAUGGGGAGCGCAGUCCGACACACCCAUCGACACUUCUUCGUAAAGUGUUUAAAUCCAGUGGUAUUGCUGGAAGCUUGUUGGCACCAUGAGCAACCUCGGGCCUGGUUGCUUACUCAUAUUAUGACAAAAGAGGUUGUAUCUAAGUUAAAAAAAUCUUGUUAUAAGUCGUGUUAUUGAAUCCCAACGUGUGUUUUCACUGUUUAAAAUCUCAACCUCUACGCCCCUCUGUUUGAAUCCUAUUGGGGAUCUUAUGUGGCACAUGAAUCAAAGCAGCAGAUUGGAAGAGGUUUAAGGCA